GAAUCUUCUCAUUCACAUCCAGCAGAGCUCACAUCACCUUUCAACAUGUCCUACAACUGCUGCUCUGGAAACUUCUCCUCCUCUUCCCUUAGGUGUUACCAGCCCUCUUCAGGUUCCUCCUGUGGCUCUUCGUACCCCAGCAACUUGGUCUACAGCACCACGAGCUACUCUCCCAACACCUGUCAGCUAGACUCCACUCUCGACAGUGGCUGUCAGGAGACCUGCAUUCAGCCCACCAGCUGCCAGAGGUCCUAUGUGGUGUCCAGUCCCUGCCAAACCAACUGCUACUACCGAAGGAGCUCCAGAUAUUGCAGCCCUUGCCAUCCGUCUUACUCUGGAUCUCUAGGCUUUGGAUCCAGCACCUGCCAUUAUGGGGGCUAUGGAUCUAGAAGCUUCUACUCAGGGGGCUGUGGAUCAAGUGGUUACAGAUCCCCGAAGUAUGGAGUCUCUUGCUUCCCCACCCUGAGCUGUGGCUCCAGAUUCUACUACCCAACUUAUUUUACUUCUAGAACCUGCCAACCUUCUUGUUACAUUCCAAGUUAUGGAUGUGGCCUUUAUGGAUUCAGGUCUUAA